AUUUGAUACAGAUUAUAUUAACAGUCAUCUGAACAGUGUAAUAGGUGCUCUAACAAAGAUAAUGAACUGCAAAAUUGAUGAAUGUGAUGAAGCUGAUCAUGCCCGCCAUCAUAUGUUUGUAAAGAGCCCUGCAGAUAUGUAUGACAAAUACAUUAAACAGUAUUUCUUUGGAAGAAAAUUUUUAAGUUCUCAGGAACAAGAACAUCUACAAACAGUUCUCCAAGAAGAAAUGUUCUGCAGCAAACCUUUGCCUGGAUCCAUUUUCACUCGAUAUAGAACCUUCCAAACUCUUGAAAAUGAAGAAUUGGAAAGUAUCCUUAUAGAUAGUCCACUAAUGGCAGUUCACUAUUUCUCAUUCAUUCUACUGAAAGAAGCAAUGGUUUAUCUGAUCUGUAAUAAAACAGGACUGCCUUAUGAAGAGGCUGAUGCAAGAUGUUCAUCAACAGAGUGUUCAGUAAAGGAUUUCCAUCUAUAAGUGACUGUUCAGUCCAAAAACUUAUUAUGCCAAACAAACUUAUUAUGCCAUACAACAAACCAGUAUUUGGUUUUUUUUGUUAGUUAAUAUGUGAUAAAUGUUGCAGUAUGAUGUGUAGUGACUGGAUUGUGUUGUGAAGUGACUGGAUUAUGUAGUUAAAUGAAUGGAUUAUGUUGUGUUGUGAUUGGGUUAUGUAGUGCAGUGAUUGGGUUAUGUUGUGUAGUGACUGGGUUAUGUAUUGUAGUGACUGGGAUAUGUAGUGUAGUGACUGGUAUAUGUAUUGCAGUGACUGGGAUAUGUUGUGUAGUGACUGGGUUAUGUUGUGUGGUGACUGGGUUAUGUUGCGCAGUGACUGGGGUGUGUUGUGUAGUGACUGGGUUAUG